GAAAGAACUAGAACUUCACUCCAAUGGCGACGCUAAUGUCGGGCUCCAGAAUUCAACCAGCAGCUUCUGUUCUUUCCUCCUCCAUCAAGCGCCAUAUGGGUUUUAAUUCCCACCUUCGUUCCAAUUGCUCGCUUUAUCCUUUUCACCAUUCUUCAUUCUCCUUCAGGCGCUCUGGACCUAGACGAUCUCUCUCUGUUUCCAUGUCCGUUACCCCUCUUGAAGCCUGCGUCAAAGCUUCCAUUACCGUACCCAACAAGCUCGGCGACUGCCCUUUUUGUCAAAGGGUAUUACUGACUUUGGAGGAAAAACAUCUACCCUAUGACUUAAAGUUGGUAGACCUGUCGAACAAGCCAGAAUGGUUCUUAAGAAUAAAUUCAGAGGGCAAAGUUCCUGUUGUUAAAUUUGAUGAGCAGUGGGUUGCAGAUUCAGAUGUUAUAACACAAACACUGGAAGAGAAGUAUCCAAAUCCACCUUUAGCAACCCCUCCUGACAAAUCUUCAGUAGGAUCAAAGAUAUUCUCCACAUUUAUUGCUUUUCUAAAGAGCAAGGAUCCUGAUGAUGGAACAGAACAAGCAUUGCUUAGCGAGCUAAGUUCUUUCAGUGAUCACAUCAAAGAGAAUGGUCCUUUUAUCAAUGGAAAAGAGAUUUCUGCUGCAGACCUGUCACUUGGUCCAAAGUUGUACCAUCUAGAAAUAGCAUUGGGUCACUAUAAGAACUGGUCUGUUCCAGACAGUCUACCUUACGUUAAGUCUUACAUGAAGAGCAUAUUUUCAAGAGAAUCAUUUGCAAAAACUCGUGCCCUGCCUGAGGAUGUCAUUGCUGGUUGGCGUCCGAAGGUCUUUGGUUAAAAUAUUUUCUAGGCUGCUGAAUCGUUUGGCAUGAGAUUCCACUACCUCUACAUCUCUUUAAGGGCAGGCGCUGUAGUCAUUAAAAUUUCUAACAGAUAUGAUGCAAUGAGCGUUUUUUCUCCUGCUUCUAGUCUCACUCAAAGCUGUUUAGUAGGAAAUGUUUAGUACAUUAUGCUUAUGUCCAAUACAUCUUGUAAAUUUAACUUUUCUAUGAAAGGAAGUCACUCAAAGGGCAAGUACUAUCCCAUGUAAUAUGAAUUUAUAAAUUGUGAUUGUUUGUUCGUUCUUUAUUUAUUUAGUUUUUUUGUAUCGUUGUUCUAAUAUA